GUUCCGGCGCGGUGCACUGUGGGAUCGUUGUCCUCUCUCAGGUGUCAUUGUACGCUGGUUCUGAGUUUAUAAUCAGGUUUAUGAUAUUAUUGUUGUAAUUAUUAUUAUUAUUAUUAUUAUUUAGAGUGUGUGUGAGAGUGUGUAUGAUGUCGGGGUACACGGCAGAGGAGAAGCUCCGGCUGCAGCAGUUAUCUUCCCUGCGGCGCCGCUGGCUGAAGGAGCAGGAGCUGACCGCUCGGGAACCGCUGACCAGAACCGCGGCUCCGGGCCGAGUCCAGGCCUUCUGGACCUCCUUCCUCCAGCCACAGAGCCUCUGGAGGAUCUACGCAUUUAAGGCUUAUAGUGCAGGUGCGUUUGCUCUGACCCGUGUCCUUAUUCCAGCCUGGGUCGUCCACUACUACGUCAAAUAUCAUCUGCUUAAUAAACCCUACAGUGUGGUGGAGCUGAAACCCAGACUCUUCCCAGGUGAUACCAUUCUGGAGACAGGGGAGGUGAUUCCUGAGAUACCUGAGACUCAUGGCCACGCCCACCACUGAGCAGUGCACCUGUAACAUGAACAACUCUGUACAUACUUCUGUAUCUGAUAAUAAAGAGCUUUACCCAGA